AUGAAUCUCAUUCAAUUCUCUUGGUCUUUUUUACCUUAUCUAUGUGUUUCGUUAAUUGUUUUAGGUGUCUUUGUAGCAGCACAUGACAUGAAGAUUGAAUGGGUGAUUGUCAAAGGCGUUUCUCAUUUCAUCAAUGAUCCCGAUCCCCCUGAUGAACUGUGGAAGUCGUUUGCCUGCACGAUGGCAGCUUCUCUUGUGUCCAACAUGUUAAAUGACCCACUCGUUUUUAAAGAUUGGACUCACUAUGUCGGUAAGUGUUCUUCUGUUUAGUUGACGGCGCUACCAUGUAUAAAAAAGGGUGCGAAUCAUCGGCAUGUUUGUAUAAAUAGGGUGUCCACAUUAUUAUCAUUUGUUCUUUUCACGGGAUGUUGGAGAGUUGUCCAAUACACCCAAGACAUCCUAAACGAAAGAUCCUCUCUGUAUUAACGUGAAGUAAUAUAUGAUAUGAAAUGGUGCAUCUUGCUCUUGCUCCUGUAAGGGGAAAUGUAAGGCUGAAAGGUGGUGAGAAAGAAAGGGUGUUCUCCUCUUGUAUUUCAUUAAUUAUUUUCACUGCAUCACUUCACACUGCUGUCCCACUAUUCAAAUGCCUGGAACAGGCUAUAGGUGCCCUUUUUACAGAAUUUACAUUUAAAAAUGCUGGUUCGUAAACGAGGUGUUAGCAUCGACAGAGGAACGGGGUGUUGACACUUGUUGGUAAGGAUAUUCACAUUUAAAGAUCUGUUCCCUUUUGAUUUUAGCAUUCGAGCAGCUCUCCGGGCGCUCUGGCAGCGGGGCGGGAAAAGGAGGGAGAGCUUGCAACUACCUCUCUGGAAACUGAAUAUCUGCAUCGAAAAAGUUGAUGCGAAAUGCUGAUUUUCGGAGAAGACAUUAGUAAUGACGUCACUUCCAUCUUUUACGUGUUUUCAAUGUUUGUUUAUAUUCGCGCUCGUCUCCGCUGCGCGCUGAUUGGCGGAAAUCUUACAGCUCAGUCGGCGGGGAACCACAGGGGAAUUGGAGGUGUAAUUCAAAUUCCAGAGAAGCAGUGGCAAGCUGUCAUUCCUUUCCCGUCCCCGCUGCCAGAGCGCUCCCGGAGAGCUUGCACGCAGGCUAUUUUGAUUUCCGUUUUACCGAUUUCUUCUGAAUGACGUAACUGUUUCUUAGUGAUAUUAAAAUGUAGCCCAAAUGCAAAUCAGAUAUGAAAAGGUAAGAGGGUGAAAUUCUAUAGAACUUCAGAUUUUAUAUUCAAUAUCAGGUUAUUUCCUAUUUUUAGAUGACAGAAAUGACAAUCUUGGGCAGGCAAGAAAGGAAAUGGGAAAUACCAGAAGAGCGUUGAAUGACAACGACACAACAGAUAACAAAACAAAGGGUAAGUUCACCCACAGCCCUAAAAACGUCUCCAUUACAUUUUGAUAAUGAAAAACAUUAUAUGCCAUGAGGUAAAGAAUCAACUGAACAGAACAAAUUAUGGUCCUUGAUCUUUGGUUAAGAUUUUAUUUUCCUUUGUUCUGUGUAAUUAUACUAUGCAUGGCAAUAUAUAAUAAUGAGUUUAAAGACAAAAGAAAAUAUAAUUUUAUCAAAGGAUGAAGUUAAACGACGACAUGUUUGUUACAUACAGCCUAUGAUGAAGCCAAAAUCGCAGACCUAAAUCGGUUUGAGACAUCGCUGUUUUAUGAUAAUGGCUGCACUAUUUUAAUUUGAUAUAGUGUAUUUCUAUUUUUUCAAAAUCUCUCUCUUAAUGAAUUAUAUAAACGAAAAAUUUUAUAAAAGACAAAAACAAAAAGGUAGUGUCGCUCUCAAAUGAACAGUUUCGUAUCCAAGGAGGACCCAAAGUGUUGUAUUCAUUAACCUUCAAUUAAAAUUGUAAUUCUCUCAGCGAGAGGGAUGACGAAUGACAUAUCUUGAACUAGAAACAAACGCCCUAGGCUGUUUGUGGUCCUCUAUUUUCUCGUAAGAUCGUGACGUUGGAGCGGCCUAUACCAGUAGCCUGCGUGGUAGGCGCAAAAGGGGGAGGGGCAGAGGAAGAAAAGCGCGUUCCUCCCUUUUUCCCUUCUUCCUUAUCACCUACCCCUUUCGAUGCCUGUUACGCAUGGUGCCUACUAGAAUGGUGGCCAUAUUGGUUUUUAUUGUACCGAGGAGUCACCCAACAUUUUAAAAAAAUUUAAGCAAGUGUUUUUAUUUUGCAGCAGUAGUUUUAUUUGCAUCAUGUCCCUUGUGGGACCUCCGUAGGUACUCAAGCACGCUAACAUAAAGCUCAUAACCAGUGGUCCAUUUUCCUUGCUUCUCGCAAAUUCAGUGGUCUGCUAAAAGGCUGCCGUUAAAUCAAAGAGAGGGCCUUUCCCAUCUUUCAUUUCCUUAUUGAAGCCCCCUCACCCCCCUCCACUAGACUGGAAUGUUUUACGCUUGCUUUCAAGGCGGUGCACAUUGGCUACGGCCGGGAGAUAAUUGAUUAAAGCUUAUUUAAGUUUUGUUUAGCAAAUCGCCUUUUCCAAGUAUGGUUAGUUGGUUAGUCCUAUUCAUUUAUUUUACGGACUUGGAAAUUAGCAAACAAAACUGUUUUAGACAAAUAUCUACAAGAAAGUUUGGUUCUCAUUUAUUCUCAACAGUUGGUUUGGUUGCCGAGCAUAGUGAAAUCAUUCGCCAGAAGUACAAACGUCAUGAGGGAUGGCUCGCGCCCUUUCCUUGGUGCGAAGACUUUAACUUUCAACUAAGCGAUAUUUAUACACGGCUUCGUGUGGUCAGCAGAGAGAAAAAAGCGAGGGCAACAGCGAAGCAAAGAGUUGUUGAAACGACUGAAAUCUUCAAUCCCCACGAAGAAUGCAAACAACCUAGAAAAGUAUUGAUUGAAGGAAUGCCAGGUAUGGGAAAGACGACAUACUGCAAUAAAGUUGCUUACGACUGGGCUAUCAAUAUAAAAAAAGGAGAUUGCUUUCCGGAAUUUGAGAUGGUGCUCUUACUGAAAUGCCGUGAUGUCGCGAUCGGGUCCGACCUUUGGGCAGCUAUUGACGAUCAGCUUUUGCCAGGUGAAAUUCAACCAAAGGAAAAAGAGAAAUUCUUUGAGUUCAUUCGGCAAAAUCAAUCAAAGGUUUUACUUAUACUUGACGGAUUAGACGAGUUACCUUCAAGCAAACGGCCGGAGUUUACCGACAUCAUACAAGGCAAAAUCCUUUCUCUAUGUCACCUUGUGAUUACAGCGCGACACGAGGGGGGGAUACCUGUGAGAAAAGUUUGUGACACUCUGCUAGAGAUUGAAGGUUUCACUUAUCAAGAUAACAAAGAAUUUAUUCACAAAUAUUUUGCCGGCAAGGAAGAUUUGGCCGAAAGGCUGUUAGAUAAAAUACAGAAUGAGAAAAGGCUUAAAGAGAUGACGGCGAACCCAUUAAACACUGCACUGCUUUGCCUUCUUUGUGAAGACUUUCAAGGUAUCUUACCUGAAAUCAGAACUCAGUUGUACUUGGAAAUAGUACAUUGUGUUCUUAUUAGAUACAGGAAAAAGAAAGGUCUCCCAGUCGAAAAUGAGGAUCUGAUUGAAAUCUACAAAGAUGAGCUGAAACACCUUGGCUUGAUAGCUUUAAACGGCCUGUAUGAAGACAACAUGUACUUCGAGGACAAAAACGUUGCAAAAAAAGAUGCCGACCUACCUGGAUUUGGAUUUCUGUCAGCUCAACCUGGAAGCAGCAAACGAAGACCGUGUAUGUGCUACGGCUUUACGCAUAAGAGUUUUCAAGAAUUCUUCGCGGCACAUUAUCUUUGUUGCCAACUUGUUAGCAAAGAAACCAAUCCUGAAAUAUUGGUGACUGACACUAGAUAUUUCGGAGAGCUGAGAGAGGUAUUGAAAUUUACCUGUGGUCUCCUAGCAGUAAGAUCCAAAGAAAUUGCAAUAGCUCUUGUCAUCAGUAUAGCGAAUAAAGUAAAGAACGAAUACGUGAAAAAAUGUUUUCCUGUUGCAGUGGAUUGCAUUAAAGACAGCAAAAUUGAAAGCAGUAAUUUUCACAUGGAGCUGGCCCGUACCUUUGGCGCAUGUCUGGCACUUCAACAGUGUGAGAUCAGAUAUGGAGUUAUAGAUGACGCUGCUGCUGCUGUGAUUGCUGCCGUGCUUGAAGCAAACACAACUCUGACAAAUUUGGAUUUGUCUCUCAAUAACGUUAGUCCUGCCGGUGCGGAGUCACUUGCUACAGCGCUAAAAACAAACACAACUCUGACAAAUUUGGAUUUGUCUGACAAUAACGUUGGUCCUGCCGGUGCGGAGUCACUUGCUACAGCGCUAAAAACAAACACAACUCUGACAAAUUUGCAUUUGUCUGACAAUAACGUUGGUCCUGCCGGUGCGGAGUCACUUGCUACAGCGCUAAAAACAAACACAACUCUGACAAAUUUGGAUUUGUCUGACAAUAACGUUGGUCCUGCCGGUGCGGAGUCACUUGCUACAGCGCUAAAAACAAACACAACUCUGACAAAUUUGGAUUUGUCUGACAAUAACGUUGGUCCUGCCGGUGCGGAGUCACUUGCUACAGCGCUAAAAACAAACACAACUCUGACAAAUUUAAAUUUUCUUAGCAAUAACGUUGAUCCUGCCGGUGCGGCGUCACUUGCUGCAGCGCUAAAAACAAACACAACUCUGACAAAUUUGAAUUUGUCUCUAAAUAACGUCGGUCCUGCCGGUGCGGAGUCACUUGCUACAGCGCUAAAAACAAACACAACUCUGACAAAUUUGGUUUUGAUUGGUAGUAAACUUGGUCCUGCCGGUGCGGAGUCACUUGCUACAGCGCUAAAAACAAACAAAACUCUGACAAAUUUGCAUUUGUCUUACAAUAACGUUGGUUCUGCCGGUACGGAGUCACUUGCUACAGCGCUAAAAACAAACACAACUCUGACAAAUUUGGAUUUGUCUGACAAUAACGUUGGUCCUGCCGGUGCGGAGUCACUUGCUGCAGCGCUAAAAAAAAAACACAACUCUGACAAAUUUGGUUUUGAUUGGUAG